UCGCCGUCGCCGUCGCCGCCGCCGCCGGGCUUUCUCCGGCCGCCGCCGCCACUGCCGCUGCUUCGCGGACUGGAGGGCCCAGGCAUCUCCGGGCGAGCGGAGGCUGCGGGUGGGAGCCUUCGUGGGCACUGCGGAGCGGGCCGGGGGAGGCCGGGAUGGAGUCCCCCGGAGUUGACUGAAGCGGGUGAGCAGGGUUCCAGAGCCUCCAGGCGGGAUUUCGGGGCCUCCCGGCGGUGCAGCGGAUGGUCUGAGGGCCGCGCAGACAUGGCUCACCUCAGGGGAUUUGCCAACCAGCACUCUCGCGUGGACCCCGAGGAGCUCUUCACCAAGCUCGACCGCAUCGGCAAGGGCUCGUUUGGGGAGGUGUACAAGGGCAUCGACAACCGCACCAAGGAGGUGGUGGCCAUCAAGAUCAUCGACCUGGAGGAGGCAGAGGACGAGAUUGAGGACAUCCAGCAGGAGAUCACCGUGCUCAGCCAGUGCGACAGCCCCUACAUCACGCGCUACUUCGGCUCCUACCUGAAGAGCACAAAGCUGUGGAUCAUCAUGGAGUACCUGGGCGGCGGCUCCGCCUUGGACCUGCUUAAGCCGGGCCCCCUGGAGGAGACCUACAUCGCCACCAUCCUGCGGGAGAUCCUGAAGGGCCUGGAUUACCUGCACUCGGAGCGCAAGAUCCACCGAGACAUCAAAGCUGCCAACGUGCUGCUCUCAGAGCAGGGUGACGUAAAGCUGGCCGACUUCGGGGUGGCGGGGCAGCUCACGGAUACGCAGAUCAAGAGGAACACGUUUGUGGGCACCCCCUUCUGGAUGGCGCCCGAGGUCAUCAAGCAGUCGGCCUAUGACUUCAAGGCCGACAUCUGGUCGCUGGGGAUCACAGCCAUCGAGCUGGCCAAGGGCGAGCCCCCCAACUCCGACCUCCACCCCAUGCGUGUCCUGUUCCUGAUCCCCAAGAACAGCCCACCCACGCUGGAGGGCCACCACAGCAAGCCCUUCAAGGAGUUUGUGGAGGCCUGCCUCAACAAGGACCCCCGAUUCCGGCCGACCGCCAAGGAGCUCCUGAAGCACAAGUUCAUCACGCGCUACACCAAGAAGACCUCCUUCCUCACCGAGCUCAUCGACCGCUACAAGCGCUGGAAGUCAGAGGGCCACGGCGAGGAGUCCAGCUCCGAGGACUCUGACAUCGACGGAGACCCCGAGGACGGAGAGCAGGGCCCCGUCUGGACGUUCCCACCCACCAUCCGGCCGAGCCCGCACGGCAAGCUGCACAAGGGGACGGCCCUGCAUGGCCCCCAGAAGUCAGCGGAGCCUGUCAAGAGGCAGCCGAGGUCCCAGUGUCUGUCCACGCUGGUCCGGCCCGUCUUUGGAGAGCUCAAAGAGAAGCACAAGCAGAGCGGCGGGGGCCUGGGGGCGCUGGAGGAGCUGGAGAACGCCUUCAGCCUGGCUGAGGAGUCCUGCCCCGGCAUCUCGGACAAGCUGAUGGCUCAGCUGGUGGAGCGGGUGCAGAGGUUUUCACACAGCAGAAACCACCUGACGUCAGCCCGCUGAAGCCGCUGCGGUUCGCACACACGGGAGAGAGGGGUCUUCGUCUUGAGCUGCCUGGUCGAGGACCGCGCUGACUGGGAAACCCCGUGUGCUGUCGGGGCCACGGGCCUCCCUGCCAGGCCACGCCCCCCCGCCCGGAGCAGAGGGCCGCCCCGUUGCCACGCCCCCUCGCCGCCAGGCCACGGCCACACUCGGCAACAGAGCGGCACAGGGCCGUCCCCUCUGUGGACUCCCGGGCAGUGCGGCCACCCAGACCGAGGGGCAGAUAUGCCUCCUCCCCACCCGGCCCGAUGGCCCUCGGAGGUCGUAGAUUUGCCUUGUGGUGUUGGAUCAGGUACCGUGUCUUCUCAUAAGUACUUGUGUCAGCCAGAAUGUUGUUUUUU